AACAAGAUGGAGGAUUUUAAAUCUGAUGAAACGGGGCGCUUAAGUUGUGAUUAUGUCAAGGGAAUGCUUCAACCCACACCUACCUGUGAUGUCUGGGAUCAGAUCUGGAAUUUCCAAGCCAAGCCUGAUGACCUGCUUAUAUCUACCUAUCCUAAAGCAGGAACUACAUGGACUCAGGAGAUAGUGGACUUAAUCCAAAAUGAAGGCGAUGUUGAGAAAAGUAAACGAGCACCUAUUCAUGAACGAUUUCCUUUCAUCGAAUGGAUAGUCCCAUCCGUAGGAUCUGGUUUGGAACAAGCUCAGGCAAUGCCCUCACCACGGACCCUGAAAACACAUCUUCCCUUCCACUUGCUGCCGCCAUCUUUCCUGGAGAAAAACUGUAAGAUAAUCUAUGUGGCAAGAAAUCCCAAGGACAAUAUGGUGUCCUAUUACCAUUUCCAAAGAAUGAAUAAAGCACUUCCUGCUCCAGGAACGUGGGAAGAGUAUUUUGAGACUUUCCUGGCAGGGAAAGUGUGCUGGGGGUCCUGGCAUGACCAUGUGAAAGGAUGGUGGGAAGUCAGAGACCAAUACCCUAUUCUCUACCUCUUCUAUGAGGACAUGAAGAAGAACCCAAAGCAAGAAAUUCAGAAGCUGGCAGAAUUUAUUGGAAAGGAGCUAGAUGACCAAGUUCUCGAUAAAAUUGUCCAUCACACUUCAUUUGAUGUUAUGAAGCAGAAUCCCAUGACAAACUAUUCAUCGGUUCCAAUUGAAGUCAUGGACCACUCCAUUUCUCCAUUCAUGAGAAAAGGGGCAGUGGGAGAUUGGAAGAAACACUUCACCGUGGCUCAGAAUGAGAGAUUUGAUGAAGACUACAAGAAGAAGAUGGGUGAUACUAGUCUAACUUUCCACUUCCAGUUCUAGUGAGGAGGAAAGAGAACUAAAAGUAUUUUAGUGUAUUACUCAGCAGGGUGAUAAUAAAAGUUUAAUACUGAGACCAAAUGAUAUUA